GCACUGGCCGCAAAUUUGCAAGUCAAGUCACUGGAGAUGUCACUCCGCGGAUAGACACUCCGGACAGCUUGAGCAAAGCGCUGCCGCCGCAUCGUUGUGCGGCCCGUUCCACAAUGGCAACCGUUGCCGUUGGACUUAAUCUUAGCAUGAUUGUGCAAUAUUUGUAGAGUGCGGUACUGUGUCCGUUGUCCUGGCAAGGUUGUUAUGGACGCACCGCUGUUUGUUUGUGCCUGUAAACAUGUGUGCAGACAGUCGAGAAAACCCGCUAACCCAUCCACCGACCGCUUAUCCAUCGCACCCUUGAGUCUUGAGGAGCCUGCCUGGAGGAUGAUCUCACGCCGCGACAAAUUGCUGCAGCAGCCCUGGGAGCAGCUACGCUAUGCCCAGCACCGCGAGAAGGUGAUGUCUGCCCGCCCGGCCAUCGAUACGCAUACGCCGCGCAUCCACGAGCACGUCCAACGCAAGUGGAAGAAACAGCAGAACGAGCGGGAGCGUCAGCAGCAGAUCGAGCGUGAAAAUCUACGGCUGCUGCAGAAGCUGGGGGACAUCAUGAGAACGAAACGAAUCAACAAUCUCUGGCUGGAGCCGCGACCCAAUUUCCUGAACCGCGAGAAGCAAUUUUACACACGACCCUACUCCAGUCUGCCAGAGAUUGUCACCAUUUAUGGCAAUCAGCCGCCGGGUCCGCUGAUCUACGGCACGCUGCCCAAGCCCACAGUGGUGGGCCGCUGUCCCACCUGCAGCGGCAAUCCGGAACGUACCGAGGUGGCCAUACCCGAGCAGCGUACGCCCUGGGCACCGCCUCGGAAGUCCUGGAACCGCAAGACCCAGCAGCCGCUGCAGCAGCAGCGUUGCUACCACUGUGGAUCUUUCAAGAGCACCGAGCGGAAGUUUUUCGAGGAGUACUCGAACUCGUACUCCUACUCCUUUGACGGGUGAUGCAGCAACGAAACAAUUAAUAAAAUGAAAUGCACGUUUAUUAA